AAUACUGAUCGCACAAAAAAUCAGAAGUUUUGUUAUUUAAAGUGCUAAAUUUAGGAAUUACAAUCAUAUGACUGUUCCGGAAGUUAAGGCAUUUCAAAAAUUUUUAAAUCAAUUUAAAUUGAGUUAUAUAUUUUUGUAUACUAGAAUAGAUGUAUUUUUUAUUUUGUAUAAAAAAAUAUUUGUUUUUAAAAAAACGAUUAAUUAAAAGAAUACUUUAAUUCUGUAAAAUUUAGCAUACGAAAUGCUAUAAGACAUAAGAUCAUUUUUUCUCAAUAUCUUUCAUUUAAAUUAAUGCGGAAUGAAUUUAUUAAGCUCGUUGUACUUAUUUUUAAUUCCCACUUCCUUUUCCUCAAAUAUAAUUAUUAAAAUUUGAUAGUGUUUUAAUUCUUUAGUAAAAGCGUGCAAAAACCUGCAUCGUAAGCAAAGAUAUAUUUAUGAAAUAAUGUAAUAUACUUGUUAAAACUUUACUUAAUUGUUUAAAAUUACAUAUAUUUCGCAACUGAUUUAGGCAUAAAUAAAAUUAAGUAAACAAGAAAGCAUAAGCCACUGAAAGAUGUUUCCUUUAAAUGCAUUUUAGAUGUCAUAUAUUUGUACUUAUUGGAAAGUUAAAAUUUCUAUAGUUUCUGUAGUUUUGGGUGCAUGAAAUUAUGAUAAUAAUCUAUAAUAUUUUAUAUAUUUACUAAUUAUACAGUGUCUGUAAAUCAUAUACGGUUAUAACUCUAUAAAGGUGUAUCUCAAAAAAGCUGAAGAAUUUAAAAAUUUUAUUCAUUGUUUUCAAGAAUUAAUUUAAUAUUUUUCAUGUUUCGUGUUAAGCAGUAUAUUAUUAGAAAUAAUUUAACAUUUUCCCGUUUUGUAAGAUUACAAUACGAUAAUUUUUUUAAUAAAAACAUGUCAGUCCAAGUUGAUGGUAUUAAACAAGAUGAGAAUAGUAUUGAACGAACUAAUAAAAGACAAAUGAUCGAUGAAAGUUAUGAAAUGAUAACGAAAGCUCCGAAAGUAGAACCAACUGAAGAUGUAGUACAAAGAAAAAACAACGCUAAAAGGAAAAACUUUGUGAUAAUGUUAGGUUACCUUGGCAGAAAUUAUUCUGGUAUGCAAAUUAAUCGUGGUAUGAAAACUAUUGAAGAAAGUUUAUUAUCUGCUUUGUUGAAAGCAAAUUUUAUUACGGAAGAACAAUUUGAAGAUGUAAGAGUAAUUAAAUUUCAAAGAGCUGCACGUACAGAUAAAGGUGUAUCAGCAGUUAGGCAAGUUGUUUCUCUACAAUUGCCUGAUCAUGUAAACAAAGAAGAUAUAAAUGAGUACCUUCCAAAGGAUAUCAGAGUAUUUGAUGUAAAGAGGGUAACAAAAACAUUUAAUAGUAAAAAUAAAUGCGAUGCUAGAACAUACAGAUAUGUUCUUCCUACAUUUGUUUUGGCUCCAGAAGAUCCAAAUUUUUUACAAAUUGACAAAGAGGUAGAAAUAGAUGAAGAACAACGACUUAAACAACUAUCUAUGAUAAAUGGAAAGCCAUAUCACGAAUUCCGAUUGACUCCAGAAAUGCUUGACAAGCUAAAUGAAGUUUUGAAAUUAUUAGAAGGCACACAUAAUUUUCAUAAUUUUACAUCAAAAACAAAACCAUUAGAUCCAAGAGCCAAGCGUUAUAUUAUAUACUUUCGUUGUGUUGAAACAUUUAUUGCAAAUAAUAUGGAAUUUGCAGUACUGGAAAUAAAAGGACAAAGUUUUAUGUUACAUCAAAUUAGAAAGAUGGUAUCUCUAGUUAUAGGGAUUUGUAGAAAUAUUGUGACAAAUGAUAUUAUCAAAGAUGUAUUUUCAUUAGAAAAAAUUGACAUCCCUAUUGCACCAGGUUUAGGACUAAGUUUACAUUUUGUACAUUAUGAAUAUUAUAAUGAAAGAUUUGGAAAAGAUGGAUUUCACAAAACAUUAGAAUGGCAAGAAUGUAAUGAAGAUGUUGACAAAUUUUAUAAAGAAUGCAUUUUAAAGGAUAUAAUAGAUGUGGAAAUAUCAGAAAAAGUAAUGAUACAUUGGUUGGCAUCUAUCCUAACACCAAAGAGAUUUGCAUUUAAAGAUUAUGUAGUACAGUGUGAAUAUAUAUCAUAAGAUCAUUGUAUUUUUUAUCAAAAGUAUAUUACAUAUAUUUGUCAAUAUAACUAUUUUUAACUA